ACAAAACAUCAUAUAAUAGUUUGAUUAUAUUAUCUUUUAUUAUAAAUACUAUACGAAUAUAAUAUUUUUACAUAUCAUAUAAGUAAUAAAUAAUUUAUGCAAUAGUUUUAAGAAUUUGUGUGAAUCAUUUCUUCGUAAUGAAUUCUGCAACUAAGGUUGGCGAAAUAUUUACAGCUGCUGGGUCGGCAUUCACCAAAUUGGGUGAGUUAACUAUGCAGUUACAUCCAACCUCUGAUUCACCUGCGGGUAAGUGGACAGAUGAAGAAAUUGAGAUGCUUCGGUCAACAAUAGUCCGAUUUAAAGAUGAGCUAACAGUUAUAAGUCAACACAUCAAAUCUAGAACUGUAUCACAAAUUAGAAGUACUUUAAAGAAAAAAGCUUUUGAAGAUGCUGGUAUUCCUGUGCGACAAAAUUCAAAUUCCCAAUCGCAAGCAAAUAAUUCUCAAAGUCAAAGUGUGAUGGGAAAAUCAUCUGAGGUUACUCUUAAUAUGCUCAAUGCACAAGAGAGUGAAGUAGAUGUUGAAGGAAUACAUACUGAUGUUAAAUUAGAAUUCGAGAAUACAACAGAAGAAGUAACAGGCUGAGUUUAAUUAUAAUUAUAAUUUAAUAUACCAUAAUUAUGACAAAAAUUUAUAUGAACUUUCUUACUGAAUUUGUUUUUAUUAUUUUGGUUUAAUAUUCACAGUUUUGUAUUCAAACAAAAAAAGGAAAAAUUUUUGCAACCUAUUGGAAGGAAUUAAUAAGUAGAUGAUUAUAUAUUAA